GGCUUCGCUUCACUCGCCCUCAGCACCAUUCACAGGAGACUGUCCCAGCCUUGCAGCAGUGUAACGUUAGCACCAUGGCAGAGCAGGAACCCACACCCGAGCAGCUGGCAGCGAUUGCAGCAGCCAACGAAGAGGGCGACAGCGCUGUCAACUACAAACCUCCCGCCCAGAAGAGCUUACAGGAGAUCCAGGAGCUGGACAAAGAUGAUGAGAGCCUGCGCAAGUACAAGGAGGCGCUGCUGGGCAGCACUGAUGUGGUCGAAGAUCCCAACACCCCCAACGUCCAGGUGACACGAAUGACUCUGGUAUGUGAAACGGCGCCACAACCUCUGGUCCUUGAUCUACAGGGAGACCUGGAUAACUUCAAGAAGAACCCCUUUGUGCUGAAGGAGGGAGUUGAAUACAGAAUAAAGAUCAACUUCAAGGUCAACAAGGAGAUUGUGUCAGGCCUGAAAUACAUUCAGCAGUCGUUCAGGAAAGGAGUUAAAGUCGACAAGUCUGAUUACAUGGUCGGCAGCUAUGGGCCCAGACCAAAUCAGGAAUACGAGUUCCUCACCACCAUGGAGGAGUCGCCCAAAGGGAUGCUGGCCCGCGGCACCUACAACAUCAAGUCCAAGUUCACUGAUGAUGACAAACACGAUCAUCUUUCCUGGGAGUGGAGCCUGACUAUCAAGAAAGACUGGAAAGACUGAUUCCCCCCACGCUGUCCUGUGCCCCCUUCCUCUGCUUUACCCCUCUUUCUUUCUCUUGCUGUCAUUCCUUUUUUUUUUCCUGUCUGAGUCCAUCUCUGGAUCAUGUGUCGAUUUAAGCUUUUGCUCUCUCCGUCCAUUGAAACACCCCUCCCCAUUCCCCUUUUCCCCAAGCUCUUACAGUCUCAUUUUCCCUUUUCUAAAUUCCAAUCACUUCAUCAUUCCUCCCAUAGUAACGCUUCAUUUGUUUGCACCCAAACUUUCUGUUAAGUAUUAAAUCUUUAAAAAUGGAGAAAGCAAACAAAGCGCACAAUCCAGAUUUUGCAGUUAUGGUUUGUUUAGAAAAGGAAAAAAAAAUAAGUAAAAAAUAUUAUUCAUCAAUAGCGCUUGGAAAAAUGAUGAACUGUGUGAUUCCCUUUUGCCACUUGCAGCUUUCCUUUCUUCUCCCUUUUCUUUCUUCUCUAUUUGUCAGAUUCUUUUGUACGAUUACCACGAUCUGCCUUGGAAAGCAUAGUACAGGAAGCAGUAGUGCUGUAUGUACGUGGCCACUGUACGGUCAUUGAGCAAUCAUUGCUGGACACAACGCUUGGACACAGUCCUCCUAAAGCCUUUGAGCAGAUUAUUUGCACCAGGGUCUUGGUAAAUUAUUUAGCAUUUAGGCCAUGCCUUUUUCAAAUGGUUUAGCACCCUGCAAAGUCUGCUGAGAGAACAGGGGACACAAAAUUACCUCUAACCCCUUGUGACCCCUUGCUUUAGGUGUGGCUGUUUCUCUCCUGAUCAGGGUAUUUUGGCAGUUGUUUUAGCAGCCAUGUGGCCUUAACAAGAACCCUUAGGAAGAAAUAGAAAACCUAGUUGAGCCAUUUGCCUUCAGAUUAUAUAUGCCAGACCAUGAUAUGAGCCUGUUUUAACAAUAUUUGUAAUAUAUGGGCAGGGAAUCAGGACUAAGGACUUUUAACGCCUUUAUUUCAGGUUUGAUGAUUUAUAAAAGCCAUUACAUAUAGAUGUCAAUCAUGUUAGCUCUAUUUACAAAUUUUCAUCAUUCACAAACUGUCUUCACUUUUCUAAAUCGCUAAAUUCACUUUUUUUUUCGGUCAUUUACAACAACUCUAAAUAGGAGCCCAGGUCGUAUUAGUGAGCUUUGUAUCGCCCAGUCUCCUCUCUAGUGCCUGAGGCCAUAUUUCCAGUGCGUCUGAGGUGUUACCUUAGUUCCUUCCUGAGUCGAUCACAGGGAUUGUAAAACCGCUCACCUUGUGUUUCUCUAGUUCAAAGUUACCAAUACUCGCUGUGCCUCCAGUCUCUUACGACCACAUGCUGCUCCUGCUGACUCGGCGGCACUCUGUGCUCAGCAUCAGUGAGGUGAAACGUUGUCUGUAAUUGACUUCUGAACCGAUAUAGAGACAUCAGUCCCCAACCAGACACUGAUGGUUAACACACCAUGCUAAAGGUGUUUUGUUUUUUUUUUUUCUUUUUUGUUUUUCUACACUCCAUAAGUAUGUGAAUGGUCAGGGACUGAUGUUUUUCCUAGUGGGGUGGGUUUGACUCAAUGUGUGCUACUUGUAUUACCUACAGUUUACUGAUAUCCUGUGUUCACAUUAAAAUGUUCAGACUGGG